GAGAGAGAGGAAGAGGGAGAGACUAGAAGUGAUCAAGAAACUAGAGCGAUAGAAGGGAGAGGAGAGAGAGAGAGCAAGAGAGGACGCACACAUGCGCACACAUGCAUGUACGCACACACGCACAGAUAAGCACGCACACACACACACACAGCCAAGCACACACAUACGCACGCACACACACACACAGAUAAGCACGCACACACACACAGCCAAGCGUGCACAUACGCACGCACGCACACACACUCGCACACGCACACACACAUUCGCAUACACGCACACACACACAUACACACACACACACACACACACACACGCACACACACACACACUCAGAGGAAGAGGAUAAAGGAGAGCGCGUGUUUUUCUGCACAGUGAGAGAGAGAGCAGGGUGAGGAAGUUGGGUCUGUUGUGCAUACGCGUGAGUGCUCAGCGUCUCUCAGCCGGGAUUGUGAGUCCCAGUUAAGAGGAGGCUGCACAGCUCCAAGGUGCUUCAGGAGCAGUGUUUGCGGAGAGGGAGAGAGAGGGAGCAACACAGGUUCUCCAAGAGAGAGGGAGCAACACCAAGGUUCUCCGAGAGAGAGAGGGAGCAACACCGGAGCUCUCAGAGAGAGAGAGGGAGCAACACCAAGGUUCUCCAAGAGAGAGGGAGCAACACCAAGGUUCUCCAAGAGAGAGGGAGCAACACCAAGGUUCUCCGAGAGAGAGAGGGAGCAACACCGGAGCUCUCAGAGAGAGAGAGGGAGCAACACCGGAGCUCUCAGAGAGAGGGAGCAACACCGGAGAUCUCCGAGAGAGAGAGGGAGCAACACCGGAGAUCUCCAAGAGAGAGAGGGAGCAACUCCAGAGCUCUCCGAGAGAGAGAGGGAGCAACACUGGGGUUCCCUGAGAGAGAGAGGGAGAAACACCACAGUUCUCUGAGAGAGAGAGGGAGCAACACCGGAGUUCUCUGAGAGUGAGAGAGAGGGAGCAAAACCGAGGUUCUCCUGGAAAGAGAGAUAGGGAGCAACACCGGAGUUCUCCAGGAAAGAGGGAGACACUGGAGUUCUCCGGAAGAGAGAGAGAGACACCAAGGUUCUCCAGAAGAGAGGGAGAGACACCGGGACACUCGUGUUCGGCCGCCCCGCUGUCCCCCACAGGAUGGCCUCGCUGGGUCUCUUCAGCGGCGUCCCCCCCCCUGCCCGUCUCGGCCACCGGCCGUCCCGCUGAACCCCCCCAAAUCUAGAGCCGCACUCAGACAUGAGCACCUGGCACAGCUCAGACUGGAUACCCUACAGUGUUCUGGAUGAUGAGGGCGGUGCCCUUCGGCAGCAGAAGCUGGACAGGCAGCGCGCCCUGUUGGAGCAGAAACAGAAGAAGAAGAGGCAGGAGCCGCUGAUGGUCCAGUCGAAUGUGGACGGUCGCUCACGCACCCGCAGGGCCAAGCAGUCUGAGGAGCAGGCACCCCUGGUGGAGUCCUACCUCAGCAGCAACUGCAGCACCGUGUACCAGGUGCAAGAGGCUGAACAGGAGGGGGUAAAGACGGAUCCUCAGGCUCCCUGUUCAGCCAAAAAGUCUGCAGCUUCCACCCCCCAAACGGGCAGCACCCCACGAACAGGCAGCACCCCGCAAACGGGCAGCGCCAGGAAGGAGAGAAAGGGGAAGCACAAAGGGAUGGAAGGGCCGGCGGCCGCGGCGCAGGACGAGGUGGCGGAGCUGGGCGGGCAGAUCCAGAUCCUGCCCGGGGGUCAGCCCGCGGGGCAGGAGGGCGAGGGGGAGGCUGUGGGCAGCGUACUGCGCCAGGGCAAGCAGGAUCUGAGACUCACCAUGCUGAAGAAAGGCAUUUCCAGCAGUAUGAAUUUUGACGAAGAGGAGGAUGAUGAAGAUGAAGACAGUUCCACGUCCUCCCAGCUUAACAGCAACACCCGGCCCGGCUCAGCCACCAGCAAAAGAUCCAGCAAGGACGUGGCGUCGGCCUGCUCCCCUCCGGCCAGCGAGCCCGUCAUUGACGUGGACGACCUGGAGGAGUUCACCCUGAGGCCUGCGCCGCAGGGGGUGACCGUGAAGUGCAGGAUCACCCGCGACAAGAAGGGCAUGGACCGGGGCAUGUACCCCACCUACUACCUGCACCUGGAGAGAGAGGACGGCAAGAAGGUGUUCCUUUUGGCCGGCCGGAAACGAAAGAAGAGCAAAACUUCGAAUUACCUCAUCUCCAUCGACCCGACAGACCUGUCGCGCGGCGGCGAGAGCUUCAUCGGGAAGCUGAGAUCAAACCUCAUGGGCACCAAGUUUACGGUCUACGACAGCGGACUCAAUCCCGCCAAGACGCCCUCCAGCCUAGAGGCCACCAACCUGCGUCAGGAGUUAGCCGCCAUCUGCUACGAAACCAAUGUUCUGGGUUUCAAAGGACCGCGAAAAAUGAGCGUGAUCAUUCCCGGUAUGAAUAUGGACCACGAGCGAGUCUCCAUCAGACCCCGCAAUGACCACGAGUCUCUGCUGGCGCGGUGGCAGAAUAAGAGCACGGAGAGUGUGAUCGAGCUGCACAACAAGACGCCCGUCUGGAACGACGACACGCAGUCCUACGUGCUCAACUUCCACGGCCGCGUCACCCAGGCCUCCGUCAAGAAUUUCCAGAUCAUCCACGACAACGACCCGGACUACAUUGUGAUGCAGUUUGGUCGCGUGGCUGAGGACGUCUUCACCAUGGACUACAACUACCCCAUGUGCGCCAUACAGGCCUUCACCAUAGCGCUGUCCAGCUUCGACAGCAAGCUGGCCUGCGAGUAACACCGGGAGCUGGACGUGGCCUGCGCUUCCUGUUUCCUGUCUACCCAGUGUCCGCGGCGUGGGCCUCGAUGGCCUGUCCCGCCUCUCUCCCCCCCCUGGAAAGGGGGUCCUAGACCUGACUGGACUGGAGCUAGCCUCAUGAACUUGGCCGCUUCAGAGAGGAUGGUGGGCCAUGAGGGGGUGUGAGCAUUCCCCCCCCCCCCCCAACCCCCUGCCCUCCAGAGGGGACCCGCUAAAGCUGCAUCUCUCCAUCCGCUAUGGAGGUAAGCACAAAGGACACUGCCGCUGCGAUGGACCUUUUUUUCUUUCUUUUUUUUUUACAGAUCAUGUGACAAAUGGAAUUUACUCAAGUUAUUAAUGUUGUACUAUCCACAGUGAGUUAUUAAUACCGCACUAUCCACAGUGAGUUAUUAAUACCGUACUAUACACAGUGAGUUAUUAAUACCGUAUUAUAUGCAGUGAUUUAAUACUGGACUAUCUGCAGUGAGUUAUUAAUACGGUACUAUCCACGAUGUUAUUAAUAUGGUACUAUCCAUGCAUAAAGCUUAUUUUCAUGGUUUUGAAUAGAGCACUCAGUCAAGACUAAUACUGUGUUGCAAAGGCCUAUCCUGUAGGUUGUUCUGAAGCUUUCUCAUUCCUUUCUUCAUUUUGCUUAUUAAACUGGAUGGCGGUCACACCAAAACAUCAGUAAAUCAUGUUAAUUUCCCCGAACCAUUUUAUUUAUAUUACAUCAUUGCUCAUAUGUUCAUCUUUUUGCAACAACAAAAAAGUUAUGCCGCUAAUAUUGGCAGGAAUAUGGAUUGGCCAGCUCAGCGUGUGAUUGGUUCCCUUGACCUUUGGUCCUCAGCAGCCUAAUCGUGUCUCCUGUUUUGUGACUUCAACCCACAGUAGAAGUCCCCCGAUGACAUUUGCAUGUAAUAACGUGUAAAGCCACGCAUGGAAGUGCACACCACAUAACUUUAUAUUUAUUUAUAAUUUUAUUUAUUUAUUUAUGUUUUCUCGCAGUACUUGCUAAACAUUACUUACGUUCAUGUUUCACCUGAGCACUCUGUGGUUAACCUAAGCGUUAAUUCUGUAUUUUGGAACGUAAAGCACAUAACUACAUUUGACGGACGGGGCUGUCCUGUAUUUUUAAAUUACACGGAGUGGGCGGAGAGUGAGGAGGUGCAUUGUCCUAGAAUCCUGUCAGACAACACACACUACUGUCCACUGGAAGGUUACUGGUUGGAGCACUUUAACUGGAGUUUACUGGCCGUUGUAAAAUAUCUGUAAAUACUGUGCCUUUGGAGACAAAAAUCAUACAUACUAUGCUUGAAAUUCUGUGAAAAUCUCGGUCCAAAGGUGACUGAGUGGUCUUGGGUCAGAGCUUGUUCACAAAUCCCCAAUGACUGCACUGGAAGCAAUCCUGCAGCUGAGAGGCAUAGUCGGGUUCCCUAGCAACAAUGUAUUAACAUGCAUUUCUAAUCAGGGCUUGGUGCAAGUGUGGUUCCCAAAAGCAAUGCACAGUUGACAUUUUAAAACAAACCCGAGGGGAUGUGCGUGAUUGGAUAUCCCACAAGUACGCCACAGAAGCGGUGCCUCAUGGGACGGAUUAAUGCAUCAUGUGCCCAGCCAUUUAAUUUCCCCGGCUGGUGUUUCCCCGGAGGGCUGUUCCAGGUACCUGUUCACUUGAUUUUGUUUACCCCUCCAUUUUGUUUGUCUUUGCGUGCAGGUUAAAUGAUUUUUAUGUUGCUCUGCGUACGCCGAAGCAAUUACAGCAUCUUUAUGUGCUACCUUACGUGCUUAUUGAGGAACUCGACCAGACCUAACAGAACCAUGUUUCCCCAACACCUAAUCACUGUAAAAUUUAAAAUAAUAUUAAUAAUUGUCUGCUUCAUCUUUCUUAAAAAUAAUAUACCCUCUUUCUAAGAUCAGCCAGGGCCUUCCACAUUCAAACUGCGAAGAUUGUAACAGGACUGAUUCAUUGGCUUAGCUCUUCACAAUAAUAAAACCUAACAUGGCAGCAAGUACAGGAAGUGACAUCACAUGAGACAGGGCAGAUACGGUGGGAGCUCCCGGCUGUCCUCCUUGUUGCUGUCUCCGCCCCAGUUCCAUUUCAGGUCACAUGAUUCCCCUGGUUCAGUAGAGGUGUGUGGGUGUGGCCAGAUGACUCAACCACACCAGUGUUCGCAUGUCAUUUUUAAUUAACUUUUUAUCACUGAAACAUGACUAAUAAUUUCCACCACCUGUAUCCUAGCCUUUUAAGAUAACAAACAUUCUGAAUCUAGUUUUUCACCCAGUUUUGUAACCUUGACUAAUUCCCUUAAUAUAUUUUUAUGCUGCAAUUCAAAAUCUUUUGGCAAAAGAUAUUCAAAAGGUUGUUUACUUUCAAGCUCAUUCAUGUUUUCAAGCAUGACAAAUAGCCUACAAAGCUUAUAAACAAAGAACAAUCUGCAAAGAAAUUCAUAGCUGCUGAAAAUUAAGAUUACUAAUUAUUAUCUUUUCUAUAACUCUAAUUGAAUGAAUACUGAUUUUUUCACAAAUGUGUCUUGUUUAGUAAAGUCUUGUAAUGACCUGUGGAAUCCUUGUUGAAUAUUUUAGCAUUCAAACUGGUUUUUCAUGAUUCUUGGUUUUCAGGAACAAAAAGACAAGCAGUCUCAUUCUGUACCUGUAACAGAGCUGUCAUACUGUAAUGGUGUAAAAUGUGUGUGUCGUUCUAUACGCAGUGUUAGUUUACACACAGUUACUACAAAUAUGACAAAUAAAGUUAUUCCAGUGAA